ACCCCAUUUUCAGUCGUCCUCUUUUUUCCUCUGCAAUGGAGACUUGUUCCAUCACUCUAUCUUCAUAUCUCAAUCAAAAGUCAAUCCUCUCUUCUCAUAAUGGAAUCCUUGGCUCUACCUUCACCUACGCUUCUUCCUUCUCUCUCCCAUCCGCCGCCACAUCUCGCCGCCGCACUACCUUCCUCACUAGGGCAUCGGUCGCAGUUGAACAACAGCAGGUGACGAAGAAGGUCGCUCUCUUAAGAAUCGGUACUCGCGGAAGCCCAUUAGCACUUGCCCAAGCAUAUGAGACACGAUCUAAGUUGAUAGCUUCACACCCAGAAUUGGCAGAAGAAGAUGCUAUUGAAAUUGUGAUUAUAAAGACAACUGGUGACAAAAUAUUGAGUCAACCACUUGCUGAUAUAGGGGGCAAGGGAUUAUUCACUAAAGAAAUAGAUGAAGCCCUCUUAAACAAUGAUAUUGAUAUUGCUGUCCACUCUAUGAAGGAUGUUCCUACUUAUCUGCCUGAUAAGACGAUUCUUCCUUGCAAUCUCCCUCGAGAGGAUGUUAGAGACGCCUUUAUUUCGCUAACCGCCUCUUCGCUAGCUGAUCUUCCGGCAGGAGCUGUCAUCGGAACUGCUUCUCUUAGAAGGAAGUCUCAGAUUCUCCACAGAUAUCCAUCAAUCAAGGUGCUGGAUAACUUCCGUGGAAAUGUUCAGACUAGAUUAAGAAAAUUGAAUGAAGGGGUGGUCCAAGCCACAUUACUGGCAUUAGCAGGGCUGAAACGGCUGAACAUGACUGAAAAUGUUACUUCCAUUCUUUCAAUAGAAGACAUGCUUCCUGCUGUCGCUCAAGGGGCUAUUGGGAUUGCCUGUAGAACCGACGACGAGAAGAUGGCUAAUUACAUAGCUUCACUCAACCACGAAGAAACAAGAUUAGCUGUUUCGUGCGAGAGGGCUUUCCUGCUAACCCUAGAUGGUUCGUGUCGCACCCCAAUAGCGGGUCUGGCUCGUAAAGAUGAGAACGGGAACUGCAUCUUCAAAGGAUUAGUGGCAUCCCCAGAUGGUACCCGAGUUCUGGAAACAUCUAGAGUAGGUGCAUACAAUCUGGAGGACAUGCUAUUGAUGGGGAAAGAUGCAGGAAAGGAAUUACUUUCACGAGCAGGGCCAGGAUUCUUUGAUUCUUAAAAGACGAGGAGAAUGGAUAAAAGUUCAGACCCGAGCUUCUUGUAGUGAAAGAAUAGCUAUUAUUUUAUAGGGGCAGCAUCAGAAAUUUAGAGCGGAGUAAACUAAGCCAUGAUUGAGUGUUGUUGUUGUAUGUUGGUUGGCUCUAGUAUUAAUAAGAGUAUUUGUUUUGAAUGAAACUGAUAUUAUUUAUGAUCUUGUCUAGUCAAGUUAGUAUUUUCUUAUAUUAUGAAGGAUUGAUU